AAGGCAUCCCCAAAUUUUCUACGCUAAUUAAAAUUCCUCCGUAUUUUGGCUAAGCUUAUUCCACGUGUAGCACAUCUAUUGGCCAUCCCGUAGAUCUCCCCUGUCCCACUAGAUAGACUCUUCACGGUGUCCAAACAAAACACAAUUGAAUUUCUCUGUAUUCUGAGUACCUUCAGUUUCACGAGCAGAGGAAGGGACGGAGGAGAGAGAGAGAAAAGGGAAUAAGAGUUUUUACACUUAAAGAGUUGUGGAAAUGGCGUCCAAGCUUUGUGACUCGUGCAAAUCGGCGACGGCAACGCUUUUUUGCCGUGCCGACACCGCCUUCCUCUGCGUCAACUGUGACACCAAGGUUCACGCGGCCAACAAGCUCGCGUCGCGUCACGCGCGGGUGUGGGUGUGCGCGGUGUGUGAGCAGGCUCCUGCUUACGUCACCUGCAAGGCUGACGCUGCUGCCCUCUGCAUCACUUGUGACCGAGACAUACACUCGGCGAAUCCGCUCGCCCGUCGACACGAGCGAGUCCCAGUGACUCCGUUCUUCGAGUCUGUGAGUUCCGCACCUGUGAAACCGAACGGUGCUGUUAACUUCCUUGAAGACCGUUAUUUCUCCGAUGUUGAUGGUGACGCCGAUGUCAGGCGAGAGGAGGAGGAGGCGGCGUCGUGGCUGUUGCCGAAUCCUAACCAGAAGGCCGUGGAGACAUCAGAUGUGAACGCCGGUCAGUAUGUGUUCUCGGAAAUGGAUCCGUAUCUGGAUCUGGAUUGCGGCUCGGUGGAUCCGAAAAUUGAAGCGCAAGAACAGAACAGUUCAGGUACCGAUGGUGUAGUCCCGGUGCAGAGCAAGAGCGUUCAAGCUCCGAUGGUCAACGAUCACUGCUUCGAUUUGGACUUCUCCGGUCCCAAACACUUUGCCUAUGGCUACGCCGCCCAGUGCCUCAGCCACAGUGUAUCUUCAUCCUCCAUGGACGUCGGCGUGGUCCCAGACGGCAGCGCCAUGACGGACAUAACGAACCCGUACGGUCGAGCAAUGGAGUCAACGACGCCUCAGGCGGUGCAGCUGUCGUCGGUGGACAGAGAAGCGAGGGUGCUGAGGUACAGAGAGAAGAGAAAGAACCGAAAGUUCCAGAAGACCAUCCGUUACGCUUCCCGUAAAGCGUACGCCGAGAUGCGCCCCCGUAUCAAGGGAAGGUUCGCGAAGCGCGCCGAUGUGGAAGCCGAAGCUGAAGCCGACCAUACCAGCAUCUACGGAUUCGGCGUCGUUCCCGCGUUUUAGUUUUAUAUUAACAGAAAUAAUCUUGCUGUUUAAUUUUCAUUUUCCUCAUUUUGCCUCCUCAAGUAUAGAGGAAGGGUUUUUGAUCAUGUACUUUACGUAUGUAUGUAUAUAUUUAGGUGAAGCCUUUUUUUCAGAACGAUGGAGUCUGGACCAUCCGAUUUUGUAAAAAUUGGUGUAGUAAUGAGCUGUUUGCUGAAGCUAAAAAGCUAUUCUGUUCUUCCUGUUAUUGUG